GUGGUUGGGUGUGGAAAGCACAGGAAGGGGGGUUUCCAAAUCCAGUGAAAUUCCCAUUCCAUGGGCAUUACCACGCCUGUAGGGUUGGCAGCUAGCAAGUUUAGCGAGUCUGCAAAUAACUACAGAACACAAUAGAGUCCCCCUCCCUUCCUGGCUUCCCCUCUCUCUGUCUCUCUCCCUCCCUCUCCCCCUCGCUCCCUCUCACUUUCCUGCUUCUGAACGCCUCCUUCUCCUUCGUGGAGCCUGAAGCUGGGCAGGUCUCCAGAGGUGCAGCCGCCACAACCACCCCGCGGUUCAAAGUUAAGCAGCAGUUGCACAACUUCCAGCAAGUCUCUCAGCCUGCUGCUAAUGAGCAGAAAGCCAGGAACAUCUGAGGAGGUGAAAAGGAAGCUUACGGCCCUCCACCCUUCACCGGAGAAGCCAGACACCCCACCCCAGACCCAGAGCUCUUGGAGAUAAGGCGGAGAAACCAUGGCUCCCUUUGGAAGAAACUUGUUGAAAACUCGGCAUAAAAGCAGAUCUCCAACUAAAGACAUGGAUUCUGAAGAGAAGGAAAUUGUGGUUUGGGUUUGCCAAGAAGAGAAGAUUGUCUGUGGAUUAACCAAACGCACCACUUCGGCUGAUGUCAUCCAGGCCCUGCUUGAGGAACAUGAGACGACGUUUGGGGAGAAGCGGUUUCUGCUGGGGAAGAGCAGCGACUACUGCCUCGUGGAGAAGUGGCGGGGCUCGGAGCGGGCGCUGCCUCCGCUCACCAGGAUGCUCAAGCUCUGGAAGGCCUGGGGAGAGGAGCAGCCCAACUUGCAGUUCGUUCUGGUCAAAGCAGAUGCUUUCCUUCCGGUUCCCUUGUGGAAGACGGCCGAGGCCAAGCUAGUGCAGAACACGGAAAAGCCUUGGGAGCUCAGCCCAGCAAAUUACAUGAAGACGUUGCCUCCGGAUAAGCAAAAACGCAUUGUCCGGAAAACCUUCCGGAAGCUGGCUAAAAUCCGGCAGGAUGCCGGUUCCCAGGACCGAGAUCAUAUGGAGACACUGGUCCAUCUGAUCAUCUCCCAGGACCACACCAUCCAUCAGCAGGUGCAGAGGAUGAAAGAGCUGGAUCUGGAGAUCGAGAGGUGCGAAGCGAAGUUCCACCUGGACCGCGUGGAGAACGACGGGGAAAACUAUGUGCAGGAUGCUUACCUGACGCCCAGCUGCAGCGAGGCGGAGCCCAGGCUGGACUUGGCCGCGAGCGAGGAGAGCCCGCGCGGGGAGCCGGCCAGCGAGCGCGAGCGCAUGGCGCAGCUGGACGAACGGCUGCGCUACUACCGCGCGCUCAUCGACGGGCUCUCGGCCGAGAUCCAGAGGGAGGUGACCAGCGCGUGCAUGGUGGACGACGCCAGGGACGAGGACGUGCCGGAAGGGGCUGCCGCCUGGGACCUGGAGGGUCGGGAUUUAGAGAGUGUUAAAUGUGACCUGGAGAGAAGUAUGAAAGCUGGCUUAAAAAUCCACUCUCACUUGAGUGGCAUCCAGAAAGAAAUUAAACACAGUGACUCAUUGCUGCAGACCAAGGCGAAAGAAUACGAACUCCUAGCCAAGGAGCUCAGUUCCCUUCACAUGAGCAACAAAGAUGGAUGCCAGGCGAAGGAAAGCCGAGGGGGGAAUGAAUGCGAGGCCCCCAGCAGCGGAGGGGAGGUCCCCGCAUUCACCCAGAGGAUGUGUAACACCUACACCAAUGACACUGAUUCAGACACGGGCAUCAGUUCUAACCACAGUCAGGACUCAGAAACAGCCGUGGGAGAUGUCCUGCUGCUGUCAACUUAGCUGAGGUGGCUUCUUUCUGAUCUGCUGUCAUGCUGUUUUGCGUCAUUGAAUAGGGUAUUCAAUUAUCACUCUUUGAAAACGUAAACCCUGCUAAAGCACCCAGUAGUUAAAAUCUAGUGAAAUUCAUUGCUUCUUUUCAGGAUAGAAUUUCAAAUGUGACUUUGAUUAUUAUAGGUUUAAGCAAUGAACCUUAGAUCAGGAAUGUGGCGGAACUGGCUGAGAGUUACAUAACACAGAAAUAAUUUAAUGGGAAUUAUUUGAUAAUCUCCCAUAGCUUCUAUGACAAAUGAUUUAUAUAGACUUCAAAACAAUCCUCCACAUUACCCAGAAAAAUAUUAUAUUCAAACUAUAAGCAUGAAGAUUAAAAUGUGUCUAUACUAGCCUCCAUCAUUAGAAUUUCUAGAUCUGUAAAGUCUAUAACAGCUGCUGUGUUAUAAUUGCCAUAGUUAAAAUAUUGUCUUCUUUUCAAUACUUAAAUUGGAGAACAUACUAUGUCUGUCACCCCUGGAAAGUCCUGACAAUGAAGACUGGAUAUAGAUGAGGCAAGGCCAAGUGUUUAUAACAUUGACACUUUUACUAAACAAGUCUGAAGUCAUGAAGAGUUGGACAUAAGGUUUUGUUGUCUACUAAUUUAGAUCUUCUGAGCAAGCCAAUGGUGGGCUCAUGGUAAUUCUUUGGAGAGGUACACGGUAAAAUGCAGAAGAAAUAAGAGUUAUAGUGUUGCUCACUUAUACCUUAUUUUCAUAAGUGGGAAUCAUGGAAGUUAUGAUUCCUUGUUUGGGUAUAACAGUGGUCUUCCCUCUCUGGCCUGAAAAAGUGCUACUCAGGCACACAGCUGGCUCUUUCCUUGGUGCUGCAAUCCAUGUUUUCUUAGUACUUCAUCUGAGGUGCUUUAGGAAAGCUUAGUACUUAAGAAGUACUAACACUGUCUCAAACAUGUCUGUGAAAAUUCAAGAAAAUGAUUAUUUAGAUUCUGUUGACAAUGACAGACAUUAUCAUGCCAGGCAUGCUAUACUUGCUUUUGUUUGGUUUUGAAGUACUAAUUUAUCCCCUCUCCUGUCUUUCUUGUCUUCUUAUGAGCCUUUCUACCUGCCUUGAUUCCUGACCUUUUGUUCCUCUAUUUUUCCCCACUUACUACCCUUACUUUAUCACUUCUUGGCUGUGCAGAUAUGAUGUCAUCAAAACCAAAAAAGGACAAUUUUAUCAUUUUAUUGCUAACUGAAUACUGUUUUAGCUUUGUUUUCUUUAUCUAAUACCUUUCUUGCAUGUCAGUACACAUAAGUAGAAGUAUUAUUUCAUGGAAUAAUAUACUGACAUUGGCAAUGAUUCUUGGUAUUUCUUUUAUGAAUAUUAAUGCAGACUGCAGUUGCUUUUAUUUUUAAUUUUUAAAAUUUGAAAGUGUUUUAAAUUUUUUACGGCUCUAUUGCAGUUUCCUUGCCUACUCUUUCUGUUCUUUUAUUCCCAAUAUAUUUUUUCACUCACCUUUUAGAAGACACGUAGAAUUACCAUAAUGAAGCAUUUAUGUUAUAAUUUCUAGAACUAAGAUAUUUGCAGAUCAUAUUUAUAAAACAUAAAAAUAAGCCAAUUUUAAGCUUGUUUUUCUAAAAGGAAAGUCACAUCUUUAUAUUACCUUAUGCAUACUGGGGAAAUAAACAUUGCUUAUCUCCUUAUGAUAUGUAACAAAAUCAGCUGAAUUCAAAAAGAGUUCUGAUAACAGAUAGGCAUGAAAGACAUUUUAUUUCUAGAGAGUUUGAAUUUAACUUAUUUUUUUCUUCUGCUACACUGAGGGAGUUUAAGGGUCAACUCUUCAUUUUGCUGUAGUGAAUCUAAAAUUUUUGUGAGAAAGCCAGACCAUUGACUUUGAAAUUCAUUGUAUGUUUUAAAUUCAAAGCUUAAUUACACAAUUGUAUUUUUUUUUACAUUUGAUCAUUACAUUAAUGUAGAGUUACAUAUGAGUAUGUUGCUAUAAUAGAAAUAGCAUAUGGUGAUCUCAUGUUGGGAUACAGACCUAGUAUUUAAUAAAUUGAGAAUAAGAGUUACAAUAUUUGAAAGUUCAGUGCUUCUGUUAUCAAGAGUAACUUUAAAGUAAAUUGUACAUUCUUAAGUCGCCUGGCAGAUGAAGUAUGAAAUGGCGAUAUGCAGCUAGAAGAAGCAAACUGUUGAUGAGUGUUCUCUAUUUCUCUCACCAGACAGAUUUUCAGAUGGUACCUUGCUCAUCCUUUCACUGGGGAUAUGAUUUAUUCUCCACUGAAGCACUAUCCAUGUUCACUUGGAAAGUUUAAAUGCAAUCUCUCAUCAUUCACGACUGAUUGCCAACCUUGGGUUCUAUGUAUGAGCUUAUCUAACAUCCUACACCCUGUAUUCUACUUUACUUAUCAUCUAUAUUCUACUUUACUUAUGUUAAAAUAUAUUUGCCCCAAUAUUCAAUUUGUGCAGUAUAUUGUUUGUUUUAAAAGUUGUAGUAUGUUCAUGUACUUUUACAUGGUAAAAGUGCCUGUGACUUUGUACAUUAUGGUAACAGGCUUAAAAUACUAAUGCAACUUCUACCCCUAGGGGAGGAAGUACUCAAUCUUCAUGUUACUAUUGAUUUUUUUCAAGGGGCAUCAUUUUGACACUAAAAGUUGUAUAUCAUUAUUGUGACUCUGUGGCGUUUCAGUGUAAAGUUCAAACAGGAUAAGCAUUCAAUUUUUAUUUUUUUUAAUUCACACACUUUUUAGCACGUCUCAAAUAUUAUUUUAAAAUCAAUUUUAUAGCACAGUUAAAGAUUUCUCAGUGAUAUAUAUUUGUUAAGAAAAAUAUAUCCUGUAGAGUUGGAUUUAAAGUGGUAGACACACAAAAUCACAUCUAAAUAUCUAAAUGAAAUAUCUAUAUUAUUUUUAACAACAAAAGAUGACCCUUCAUCAUUACAUAGAAGCUACUCUAAACCAUUAAAUUUCUAUUUUUAUAUUUAUUUAAAUAUCCACUGUA